UAAUUAUCCAAAAAAGUGGUACACAGUUAGUCUAUCAGAAAAGCAAGUCUAAUUACUCAAUCUCCUCGUGUUUCUACGUGCCACUAAUUAGCAGCAAUCAGCAAUCACUAGCUGCUGAAUAUUAACCCCAGCAUUGCACAUUCUACAAGUAACAAGUAAACUGAGACAAUAAUAAUGCCUGCCGUCACCAAACUAGCCACGUUUGAAGAAAUUUUGGCAUUGGCCAAAUCGACAUAUCAUGAAAUUUUUGGCGCUGAUCCAGAACUGGCCUGCUGUGCACCAGGACGUGUUAAUUUGAUUGGUGAACAUAUCGACUACAAUGACGGUUUUGUCCUGCCAAUGGCGCUGCCUAUGGUCACACUGAUCGUUGGCGGCCGUCGCACGGACACUAAGGCUUCAGUGUUUACGCACUGUGGUGGAUGUGAUGACCCAAAGCAUGUGGAAUUUUCGCUACUCGAUUUGAAACCGGAAGCGCCAAAAUGGGCAAACUAUGUGAAAGGUGUUAUUCAUUAUUUUGCCAACGAACUGAAGUUGGAGGGUCAGUUGCCUGGCUUCAAUGCAGUAUUUGCAUCCAAUGUACCAGUGGGUGGCGGUUUGUCUUCGAGUGCAGCAGUUGAAAUGGCGACUUUGACCUUCCUGGAACAGUUGACCGGCAAACAACUGGAGAGCAAUAAGAAACGCGCCCUAGUAUGCCAAGCCGCCGAACACAAGUUUGCUGGUAUGCCCUGUGGCAUUAUGGAUCAAAUGAUUUCCGUCGCUGGACAAAAGGAUCAUGCGCUGCUGUUAGACUGUCG